AUGCGUGACUGUGAAAUUUUAAAAAUAUGUUUUCUCUUGGCAUGCCUUCUGCAAUGCGUCAGCGCACGAUUAGCGUUCAUGCCAAAGUUCUAUGGCCAAGAUAGUGCUGUAAUUGUGGAUACGGAUAAGACGUUGCCUGCGCGCCUUAAUCCCAAACUUCAAAAUGCUCUAUACUACAACAUACCAGUGUAUAAGCUGAUCAAGCCGGCAGGCUUUAGUCCCACCAUUCCGACUACAACAACCACAACAGCAGUGCCAACACCCUCAGAGGAGUAUCCAGAGGAUUUGCUUUAUAUGGCCCGCAACAAGCUGGGACUCAAGCGACUUGAGCUGCCCAGCCUAAGCGAACUGGGCGAGCUUCUGGGCACUGGAAGUGCAACUGAAACAGUCAAAUAUAUACGCACCAUGACCUCUAAUGAACAGGGCAUAGCUCUAAUGAAGGCCUACUUGCAAACGCUCGACUAUGGACAGAGCGACACGGAUGCUGAUGGCGAUGCGGAUGUCACCGACAAUGAGGAUGAGGCAAUAGAUGGCGAAGAUGACAAUAAUGAUGAUAAUUCCACGGAUAACGCAAAUUUAGAUACCGACUAUGACAACCUACCUGUAAAGCAACCCUCUACAAAAACUACAACAACCACGACGACGACUACAGUAAAGCCCUCGACGGAGGGCAGCUUUAUGCAGCGCAUGGGCGACUUUAUGAGAAACUAUAAUCUGUGGUCUGAAGACAGCAUGCAGGAGGCCUCAACAACGAGUUCGACGCCAGUACCUUUCAAGCCUGUUUUUGUAGUUCCACCACUGUCGGCAAAAGCACCAGUCGGGGUGCCACUAAUGCGUCCGCUCUUAAUGCGACGGCCACUGCCCUAUCACUAUCCCAUACCUAUUCGACCUCUGCUCCGUUCACAAACAGUUCAUAAGCCUGUCGAAUUAUCCACAACAACAUCUGCUCCAGCUUCAACCUCAACCACAGUGCGAACGACAACAGAAGAACCAUCGCCUAUCCACAUGACGUCCCUUAAGCCUUCAGAGCGUGAAGAUAAGGAUAUCGUUGCUGUUAGCACUGCUCCCGUAGCACCGCACAUACAACAACUGGCCAGAAUGGCGAACGUCUCGCCCCAAAUUUUGGAUCGCUUUCUGCAGCAGCAACCGAAACUAGCGGAGCUGGCCAAGCAUGUGAGUCGCCUGCCGCUUGCUCAGGAGCAUAGCCAGGUCAUCGACUCGCAACUCUUUAUGGCCGUGCAGCGCGCAUUGUCUCAGGAUGAGGAGCUCAAGCACUUACUCAAAGCAGCGCCAACUUUAGUAUAG